AUGGGUUAAUUUGUUUAUCAAAUAGGAAAAUGUGAUGGAGAAAGAUAAAACAUAAAAGAAAUUCCUUCUAUAAUGAGCAGUAGGAAACAGUGGAGUAACUGAUUGGUGAAUAGUGGAGCUGACCCACUGCAGUUAACAAUAAGAUAUUUUUCCUACUAGGGAUUCUUCUCAAUUACAAAGAAAAAUAUUUGAGUUUUCGCUUCAUACCAGGUUUUGCUUUUAUCAAAUUCUUUUUUGGAAAAGCUUGUUGGUGACUUGGAAAAGUUACUACCUUUUAACUUCAGAUUCUUUUCUAGUACAAAGAAUCUUGUACUGAGAGUUCAGUGACCCCCAACAAGAGAGUCGGCUGCAUCAUGGAAGCUGAGAAUAUUCUCAGAAUCAUAAGAAAAUUUGCACUUGCAGAGGUGUUUGUAUGCUUCUAAUGGCUAGCUGCUGUUGGAGGGUUUUCACAUUUGCUGCAAAUUUCUUGCUAUUCCUCUGUUUUCCAUCUCUAGGAUAAAGCAAGAGGAGUUCAAGAAUUCUGUUUCAGGUAAAAAUGGGUACUAUUUUUUAUUGAAUCAGAUCUAAGAGGACUACCCCUGCUGCACUUUUGUAAUUUUGACAUACUUUUUGACCCAAAAAGAUAGAUUAUUUCUCUCAGGUUUAGAAAAGUUGGCCUGAACUUUGCAGAGAAGAAUGAUGAUGUCUUUGAAUUCAUUGAACUAUUCAACAUAUACAUUAGCUCGUAUGAACAGCCACCAUAGCCAUAACAGAACAAGAAAAAGUCCAGCUUUUGUGACACCUCCUUCAUCCAUCAUCUCACAAACUGAAGAAAGCAGAAAUCUAGCCAACUCAAUGGAGAAUUCUCCUUUAGAUAUGGCUUCAAAGUGCCCAGAUUCUUCUGUUUUGCUCACCCAUGAAAAUGCAAUAGGGAUCAUUGGGGGGUUAUCCAUUGGAACCACUCUCAAUUUUAUGAGCAAGCUUGUCACAUGGAGUUCUAAAGAUGGUGGAAAUAGCAUUCCCUUUGUUCUUUGUUCCGAUCCUGUUCUUAACAAAGAGCUUUCAUGGAAUGAAAGAGGUUCUAUUUCUUACCUCACUGGUAAAAAUGAAAAUUUACUAAAAGAUCAUGCUCCAAUUGUUGAAAAUCUUAGGCAUAAAAGGAUCUUUCUUGAGAAAUCUGGAGCUCGAUGCAUUGUCAUGCCUUGUUAUGUAUCACAUUCUUGGCAUCAUGAGGUUGCACUAGGGUCUUCAGUUCCCAUCCUUCAUAUGGGUGAGUGUGUGGCCAAGGAGCUCAAAGAAGCGAAUUUGCGACCACUUGAAGCUGGGAGUACUCUGCGCAUUGGAGUUCUGGCUUCGGAUGCAACUUUGUCUGCUGGUUUUUAUCAGGAGAAACUUCAAAAUGAGGGUUUUGAAGUUGUGCUGCCAGAUAAGGCCACUAUGGAACACACAGUAAUCCCUUCGUUAGAAGCCUUGAACAGGAAGGACAUUGAAGGGGCACAAAAUUUGUUCAGAAUCGCGCUACAAGUUCUUCUGGUAAGGGCAGUUAACACUAUCAUAAUUGCCUCAGAUGACAUGCGUGAUCUGUUACCUCCAGAUGAUCCUCUUCUGAAGAAAUGUGUCGACCCAAUGGAUGCGUUGGCCAGGUCAACUGUGAAAUUUCUUCAAUCAGUUGAAGGGAAUGCAUAAUUACACCCACACACAGGCAGAGCUACAGGUCUGUUUACGAGUUCAGUAGAACCCAAUCCCAAACCGUGUAUUUCUGUUUAAAAGUCCACUUAGUUUUGAAUUAAUAAUUUAUUCAGUAGAAUCAGAACCCAAUAAGCUGCCUUUUCUAAAUCUAGAACCCAGAAAUUCAAAAUCGUGCCUCCGCACCCACAAACAUAUAUACAGAUUAUAUUUUGUUGAAUCCUGGUAAGGUUUGUUAUUCUUUAGAAGUCGAUUUUUAUCGUGAAAGAAUAUGGGCUCUAUCGCCCCUCAAAUAUGUAAUUCUUUAGAAGCCGUUUUUUAUCAUAGAUUAUAUUUUAUGAAAUGUCAAAUGAAAAAGAAUUGAUUAAUUAUGCAA